AUGUAUGGGUCAAGCAAACUCUUCUCCAACAGCAACUCCAACUGCAACUCUGCUGGCAGUAAAGGGUCCCCGUUGUCCUCCUUCCUAAACGAGCAGGAGUUACAGGCAGUACGGAGCAAACGAAUCACGUUUUGCAGCAAAUUUGAAGGAAGAGUGGACGUUGUGUUGAAGCCGCUGGAGGGGAGCAGUGGUCCUUCCGCUGGGGAGUCUUCCACAGGGGGGCCCUCCACAGAUGGCGGUACCUCCACGGGUGUGUCCUCAACAGGGGUGCCCUCCACAGAUGGCGCUACCUCCAAGGGGCACCGCCCAACACAGUUCCUCUCCCAGGAGAGGUUCCACCAAUUGGCAAAGCACAAACACAGCUAUGUAUACGACUUCGAAAUCGCAAACAUCGGGAAGUUGAGCGAGUAUGAAGCUGGAGAGCUGGUGAAUGUGUAUCUCCAUAACGGAGAGGAACUCGGGAUAGGAAUUUUGAACAGAAAGAGCAACCUAGUCAUCCGCAUCAUCGACAGAGACGUCCGAAAAAGCAUUAACGAUCAUUUUUUUAUCACAAAAUUGUACGAGAGUGUAAAAAGGAGAUUUCAUUACCUAUACAGAGAUGUACAUCUGUGCAGCUGGAUGUAUUCAUUACGGGUUCGAAACGGGAUCAAUGUGUAUUGCAAAAUGGUUAGCUCGACUAGUGAUGGCUUGCCGGGACUAGUCGUGUAUUUCCUCGGGAAGGAUAUUUACAUCAGAUAUGAUAAUCUAGCCAUCCAAAAAUUCAGGUCCAUCAUCGAGAAGGAACUAGACGCGAUUUUCUCCCCGCAAAACGUUUUCUGUAAAAGGAUUGUGAGCAAAAAGGAGAAGCGAGCUCAGCAGGGGAAAGAAUACACCUUCGAAACGAUUAAGGGAGACCACUCCGACACUCACCACUCCGACAUUCAGCACUGCGAAAAUGGGCUCACCUUUUACAGUAACAUGUCCGAUACAAUGUAUGCUCCUUUUCACGUUGAGAACAAACGAGAUCGACUCUUCCUGCGCUCCAUCUGUGACGGUGCCAACGUUUUAUGUGUCGAUGGGAACGUCGGCGAGUAUAUCAUUAGCUGUGCAGCUGUUUCGGAGGCUGCUUCCGAUUCGAGGGAAGCACCAGGAGUGUCUAUCCUCCUGUCGGAGUCCGCCAAAAAUGCGAGUUACGUCGAACGGAAUAUUAAGCAGAACGGCUGUGGGCAGGUCAUGCUCCUCUACCGGGAAGACAUUCUGGACGAGCUCAAAAACAUGCAUAUGAACAACCUCAGAUUCGAGUUAAUCAUUUUCAACAUAAAAAGUAACAUCGUUUUUAGAAGCAGCUCCUACACGAGCCUCUACGGGAAGAGGUACACGGCCUCCUUCAAGGGGGUGCACAAGCAUUUGGUUUGCCUCGCGGACCUUCUGCAGGAGGGUGGCCUCCUAUUCGUGACGGCCGAACUCUCGGCACGGGACUACCACCAGUUCCUAAAUAUUGUCAAAUGCGUGUUUGAGCGCAGGAAGCGCAGUCUUUCCAUUGUGUACGAAAAUGCAUGCAGUGUGGAGGAUGGCAUUCUCUGCAACGACCAAACGACCUGGUACUUGCGAUCCGUAUGUUUUAGACUUGGGUGUCCCUAA